CCGGCUCUCGCCCCAGUCUGCGGGCCUCCGGAGCGGCGACGGGGCCGGGGCGGCGCGGCGGAGGGGACAAGACCGGGUUCGGAGGGAAGCAGGCGGCCGGGGUAGCCCCGCACCCCAGCAAGAUGCUGUCCUGGCGGCUUCACACGGGUCCUGAGAAGGCCGAGCUGCAGGAGCUCAACGCCCGGCUGUAUGACUACGUGUGCCGGGUGCGGGAGCUGGAGCGCGAGAACCUGCUCCUGGAGGAGGAGCUGCGCAGCCGGCGCGGCCAAGAGGGGUUGUGGGCCGAGGCGGAGGCCCGCUGCGCGGAGGAGGCGAGCGGCCUGCGGCGGCAGCUGGACGAACUGAGCUGGGCCACGGCUCUGGCGCAGGGCGAGCGGGACGCCCUGCGGCGCGAGCUGCGGGAGCUGCAGCUGCUGGGCGAGGAGGCGCGCGCCGCCCGCGGCCGCCUGGACGCCGAGCUCGACUCGCAGCGCCGCGAGCUGCAGGAGGAGCUGGCCGCGCGCGCCGCCCUCGAGGCGCUGCUGGGCCGCCUGCAGGCAGAACGCCGCGGCCUGGACGCGGCCCGCGAGCGCGAUGUGCGGGAGCUUCGCGCGCGCGCCGCCGGCCUGACCCUGCGCUACCGCGGCCGCGUCGCCGGCCCUGCCGCGCCCCCGCCGCGCCUGCGGGAGCUGCACGAAGAUUGCGCGCUGCUGGUGACCGAGGCCUGGCGGGAGACCGUGCAGCGGUACGAAGACGAGGUGCGCGAGCUGGAGGAGGCGCUGCGGCGCGGCAGGGAGAGCCGGCGCGAGGCCGAGGAGGAGACGCGGCUGUGCGCGCAGGAGGCGGAGGCGCUGAGGCGCGAGGUGCUCGAGCUGGAGCAGCUGCGGGCGCUGCUGGAGGAGGAGCUGCUGCGGGUGCGCGAGGCGUCCGAGCUGCAGGCCGAGGAGCGGCAGAGAGAGAUCGCCUACCUGGAGGAUGAGAAGGCAGCCCUCACCUUGGCCAUGGCCGACCGGCUGCGGGACUACCAGGAUCUCGUGCAGGUGAAGACUGGCCUCAGCCUGGAGGUGGCAACCUACAGAGCCUUACUGGAAGGAGAGAGUAAUCCGGAGAUAUUGAUCGUCGAGUGCAUUGAAAACAUGCCACAAGAAUUCAGAGACAAGUCCUAUCAAUAUACCACCUCAGUAUUACAGAAAGAAAAUGAGAGAAAUCUGUUUCCAAGGCAAAAAGCACCUCCUGCGAGCUUCCGGCAGAGCCUGGCGCCGCGUUCUCAGACACCCGUCGGGAGCGAUGCCAGAAGAGACGUGCUGGGCUCCGGAUACUCUUCCUUCACCACUGCCUGGCAGGAGAACGCUUACCAGAAAACUGCCAGCGGUCAGACCAACUUCAGAACGUUCUCUCCAACCCCCGGUCUUUUAAGAAAUACUGAAGCUCAACUGAAAACACUCCCUGAGAGGCCAAGAACCGAAGGAACAAAGGCUCCACCCGCUAGUUCAGCCAAAGAGCCCGCCGCUUCCGCAGAGCCCUACCAAGAACGCCGGGCCAAGCCGGCGGCAGCCGCUUCCGAGGGCACGUGGUCAAACGAGAGGACCGUCAUUUGGGGAAAGAAAACGGAAGCUAAAGCCACAAAGGAGCAGGAGAGAAACAGACCAGGAACCAUUCAAACAAAGCGAGAAGAGAAAAUGUUCGAUUCCAAAGAGAAGGCUUCAGAGGAGAGAAACUUAAGGUGGGAAGAACUGACAAAGUUAGAUAAAGAAGCAAGAAAGAGAGAAAGCGAGCAGAUGAGGGAAAAGGCCAGAGAGAAGGAGUCGCUGAAGGAGGAAAGUGUGAAGGGGAGAGAGAUACCGAUCAGGCUAGAGGUGUCCCAGGACAGCACAGCAAAGGUGGCCCCCCAGGGUCUCCAGACACCCCUAAAGGAGGAUGCUGGUGACGGGACAGGGAGAGGGGUGGAAACCAGAGAGGCUGGGUUUACGCUGGGCGCCAGCGACACCACAGCCUCUCUGAAAGGCGGUUCCAUGACUGAAACCAUAGCUGAGAACAUCGUUUCCAGUAUCCUGAAGCAGUUUACCCACUCUCCUGAGGCAGAAGCGUCCGCUGAGUCUUUUCCAGACACAAAAGUCACUUAUGUGGACAGGAAAGAAGUUCCCGGUGACAGAAAAGCAAAGACUGAGAUAGUCGUGGAGUCGAAACUGACUGAAGAGAUCGACAUUUCGGAUGAAGCCGGCUUGGACUACCUGUUAAGCAAGGAUGCUAAAGAGGUGGAGCUGAAAGGAAAAUCGGCGGAGCGUUUGAUCGGAGACGUGAUCCGUCUAGGUCUGAAGGGGAGAGAAGGGCGAGCAAAAGUUGUCAACGUGGAGAUCAUCGAAGAGCCCAUGAGCUAUGUCAGCAGCGAGAAGGAAGAUGAGUUUUCUACCCCGUUCAAAGUGGAGGAGGUCGAUGAUGUGUCUCCGAGCUCCAGGGGGCUUGUUGAGGAGAGAGAGGAGGCGGUUUACGGGGAAUCAGAUGUCACGUGCUCAGGGGACGCAGGUCAGGAGGCCAGGAGGCCCCAGGAGAGCGUAACUCACGUGGAAGAAGUGACGGAGGCAGGUGACUUGGAGGGAGAGCAGAGUUACUUUGUGUCGACUCCGGACGAACACCCUGGGGCCCCCGAGCGAGAAGAAGGCUCCGUGUAUGGGCAGAUCCACAUUGAAGAGGAAUCCACCAUCAGGUACUCCUGGCAGGAUGAGAUCGUGCCGGGGUCUCGGAGAAGAGUGCGGAGGGAUGACGUUCCGGGAGAGAAGGUCUUGAAGCCGGUGGAUGUUCCAGAAGUGUCUCUGGAGGGGGACACAGCAUCUUCUCCCUGGAAAGAACAAACUAGAAGUGGCGAGUUUCAUGCCAAGCCCAUAGUCAUUGAGAAGGAAAUCAAAAUACCCCAUGAGUUCCACACAUCCAUUAAGGAAGGCUCUAAGGAGCCCAGGCACCAGCUGGUGGAGGUGAUCGAGCAGCUGGAGGAGAACCUUCCAGAGCGCAUGAAGGAAGAGCUGUCUGCCCUCACCAGAGAGGGCCAGGGCGGGCCUGCGGGUGUUUCGUUUGACGUGAAGAAAGUCCAGAGCGCGGGCAGCGGGGCCGUGACCCUAGUGGCCGAAGUCAACCUCUCACAGACGGUGGACGCUGACCAGUUAGACCUGGAGGAGCUGAGCAAGGACGAAGCGGGGGAGAUCGAGAAGGCCGUGGAGUCGGUGGUGCGAGACAGCCUGGCGCGGCGGCGCAGCCCAGGCCCGGGCAGCCCGGAGGCGGAGGCCGGCCACGGCUUCAGGCGCUGGGCCACCCAGGAGCUAUACAGCUCCUCUGCGGGGGAGGCCGACGCGGGCCUGGCCUCGCCCCCGGGCCCUGUGUCGGCCACCGUGGAAGUCACCAGCCCCACGGGCUUUGUCCAUGCUCAUGUGCUGGAGGACGUCAGCCAGUCUGGGGGGCGCGUCCAGAUAGCAUCCCCUGGAAUGUGGAGGACUGAGCAGGUCUUGGCCGAAGGCCGUGCCGCCCAGGCGGUGGAGGUAAGUGCAGAGGGCCAGGCAAGUUGGGCAGAGGGCUCAGCAGGAGCCAGCCGGUCUGCCAGGCUCAUUACGUUGGGUGCCCGUCAGAGCCCAGUGUCCACAGAAGUCAUAUUCCCAGGGCCUGAUGCCGCCCGUCCCAAGGCUGGCGGCACAGAAGAACCUGGCCCUGCAGAGCUACCCACAGAGCCUCCCAGAUUUGGGAGGCACAGCCCAUUUGGCUCCCAACAGUUUUAUGCUCAGAGGGAAAUUAUUUUUCAGGCCCCCGUUUCUGGGGUGGGGAAGGCGGGUGACUCUUCUCAAGCAGAAGAGUCAGCGGGCACCCAGACUUCCAUAAAGCACCUUCAAUUAGGCACCCGGGAGGGGCUCAGUGAGCAGACCCAGCUCACAGCCCCCCUCUCAGGCACAGUGGAGUUGGGCGUCAGGGAAGCUUCUGUGCUCAUGGAAGCGUGGUCAGGGGACGGCACGUCCAUCAGGCAUGUCACCAUCGGGCCUCAGAGGCAUCAAGCCACCGAGCCGAUCGUUCCCCCGCCCUUGGAAUUUAGCGACUCAGAAAGCAGCACCCACAGAGAGGGCACGGCAGACGAGACCCUGGCCGCCAGCAGUUACACUGUGGGUCGGAACAUCCUUGUGACUGAAAAGAGCACCUUCCAAAGGGCCGUUUCGGAGUCUCCCCAGGAAGCUAGUACAGGAGACAUGUCAGGGAAUGAAGUGACAUCAGGUGUGAGCAGAUCCUUUAGGCAUAUUCAGCUGGGUCCCGCAGAAGCCAAGACCUCUGAACACAUUGUCUUCCACGGACCCAUUUCCAAAACCUUUGCACUUGCUGGUUCGGUAGACUCCCCUGAAGUAGGCGAGGUUGCAGACAGUGGCAGAACACUAAGGCACGUUGCCCUGGGGCCCAAAGAAACUUCGUUUACCUUUCAGAUGGACGUGAGUAACGUAGAGGCGACUCCCCGCUGGACACAAGAGGCCAGAGUCCUCUUCCCUGCAGGGACGGAAGCAGAAGCUCCUAGUGUGUCUGAGCCUGGUGCUUGGAGAGAUGCCAGCAGUAGGAAUGACCUGGCAGCCGGCGUGAGCUUUCAGGGCUCUGCUGGGGACAGACACCAGGCCCCUGGGGAAAGGGGCAAGGAGCAGGCUGAAUUUGAUAAGACGGUGCAGCUGCAGAGGAUGGUAGACCAGAGGUCAGUGAUUUCGGACGAGAAGAAGGUUGCCCUCCUCUAUCUAGACAGUCAGGAGGAGGAAAAUGAGGGACACUGGUUUUGAUAAACAGAUAUUUGAUUUUAAAUGCCAUCUUGUUUGGUAACAUACCAACACACAAAGGCCUUUACUUUAAGGGAGGGAGGUGAACUCUUUAUUAAACCCCCCCCCUUUUUUUACUUCGAGUACUCCAGGCAGUGUCUUUUUACUUUAUAAUCUGUAAAGAUUUCAAACUAAUUCGUGCCUUAAAAGGCAUUGGAAUUUUAUUGAGUUGGGACUUUGACAAGAAAUACUUUUAUCUUUUUAGUCUUAAAAGUUCCUUUUUCUGGAGUUUUCUUUCUACUCCUAGAGAUGAUUUCUCCCAUUUUUGCACCUGGUCACAGAAGUGCCUGGCAUCUGUUUGAAAAUAUAAUUGCCUAGGUAAGACACCUAAAUGGCAAUGGGAUUAAAGUAAUAUAUUUAAGAGUAAAUUUUAUUCACAUGUGCUAACAUGAAAUAGUAAACUAACAUUGUAAGGGAAAAAUGAAUUCAUUUGUCUAUUUGCAAAGUCUUUUAAAAAAAGAAACCAUAGGAAAUAGGCAGAUUAAAAAAAAUGAAAUGAUUUCAUCUUAGGAAAAAGUUACUCACCUUAGAGUUUUAAGACGUGAAUGAAUUGCCUUCUAUGUGCACAACUUUUAAAAAUAUAGUAUAUUAUCUAUGGAGAAGACAGCUCCAGCCUCCUGCAGUGUAUCAGAUUAGCACACUUGCUACAUUUGCACAAGCUCCUGGAACCCUGCACUGGGUCCAGGUGGGGGCAGGGGGUUGGGGAAGGAUUACUGGGAAUGGCUUAUAAUACCAGCUUUUUGUGGUACUAGGUCAUUAAGUAGUGCAGAGUCUAAAUAUUCUUUUUGGUUUUAACAAGUUCUGGAGUAGCCAGCUCCUACCAGAGUGUACUUGAGCUUUUAUGCACCUUAGCCCUUAGGAUCUAAACAUUUAAUUUUACUGGUGGGAGGUAGACCCUAAAGACAAUAGGAAGCUGAAGCACAUACUUGCAGGGUGGUCAUGCACAGUACAGUUGGAAGCCCAGGUGGGUUGUGCCUCCCAAAGAAGCCCCUCCCAACCCACUGAUGAUGGGGGUGGAGGCCUUUCUGAGCACAAAGGGUUCGAGAUGGAAGACAGCAACCAACCUCAGGGAGGUUUUUGCACUUUAGACAGAAGUCAUGACCGUUGGGGUGUUUUUUUCCAGGGAAACAAAUGAUACAUUAAACAGAAUAAGAUGUUUUAGGGAAGGAACUGGGUGCUUCUGUUGCCACCCAGCUCGGAGGCACCCAGGAGGGGCCCUGGAGCAAGCAAAGGCCCUACUCUCCUCCCAGGCCACAGAGUAUAGCCCUGCAGAUAUACACCACUGAAUUGAAGAUACUAGAAUGGGUGUGCUCUGUCUGGUGUGUUUUGCACAAAGGUAUUGUUUUUAAAGCUUGCUUCGUUAAAGCUGUAGCGUCACAUAAAAAUAGUAUCUCUAGCAGCACAGUAUUAAAAUUUUAAUCCAAACUAGUUUCUUUCACUUAAUGUUGUCUAAACUGUACCUCCUCCUAACACAGUAGCACAGACCUAACUGCCUGUAGCGCACUGAAGAAUGAUGAUCCCAGCUUUGUCAUCCUCAGGCGGGACGUGGUUACCGGGGCAGUUAUGGAAGCUGAGGGUCUUCCCUCUGGGUUUCAGAGGAUGGCCCUCAACCUCCACAGAACACAUCUCAGCUGCCAGGAAUGGCUACAGCAGGUAGUUUAGAGAGUGCGUUUUCCUAAUCGGGAAGUGGAGGAGCAUCACAGUACAGCUUUCAGGAUGAUCUAUUUUUAAAACACCGUGAAGCAGGGCAUAGAAGGAAAGUUGAUUUGAAUUGCAAGUGUAAACUUUUGUUGUCUGCCAGAUGAACUGGUGAUUGUCAGAAACUGUCAGGGGAGGUGACGGCUUUUCCAACAAAGACUCCUCAUUUCUAAUAUAAAAAGUUGAUUUUAUGUUGAUUGUAAUUGGUAAUGGUAUUUGUGUAGGUUAUUUAUUGGUGAGAACUGGUCAAGGUGACAGCCUGUUGUCUGAUGGCAAGACAGACUGAUGAUGGGGGUGUCCGUUAUGUGUGUCUUAAGUGUGGGCUGAGCUCAGUGUCACUCUCCUAGCUUGUGACCCUGGGAAUGAGUGCUGAGGUGAAUAGAUUAUUAAUGUCCUGACCCACCUCCAUUGGAAAAUAAGUGUCUUAGGUCUUAAUUUGUAUCUCCAUGUUGGAGUGCACAUCUUCAAGAAGUAUCUGCCAAGAGUGUUUGCCAGCAUGGAGUCAUGAGCUGUGGUUGGUUCCUAAGUCUCUGGAACAGCCCAGAGCAGGGCGUGCCCUUGACCCUGUGACAGGUCACCCCAUGGUUCCAUGUCCUUUAAAACCAGAGACAAUAGUAGCUUUAUGGUGAGAGAGGGUGAGGACACAGCCAGUCCUUUCGCGUUUAUUAUCGUGUAGACAGAGCGGUGAUAAUGGGAUGUUUCUCACCUCCCCACUGGUUGUUUGGAUAUUGUUUGUUUAAAAUGUAUAUUUAGAAUGGAAUCACCUAAAAAGCUGAUCUUGCUAACCUGUUCCUGUUCCCUUUGAAGGGAUAUAUCAUAAGAAUGUGUAAAAAUAAAAAUCUAAGAAAAAACCCC